AUGGCACACCAAAUCGUUUUAACUGACACUGAGACGAUGAUAUUCACAUUACUCCGCCAAACGGUUGCGACGUACUCCACUCACACUAUUCUUCGAGUCGUUGGCGGGUGGGUUCGCGACAAGUUGUUAGGCCGUGAGUCUCAUGACAUUGAUAUCACCGUCGACAAUAUGCCAUCGUACGACUUCUCAGUAUACCUCCAGAAGUAUAUUCAAGAGAACACUACACACCAAAUCAGUGGGAUAGGAGUCAUCCAACCAAACCCAUCAUCAGGAAAACACUUAUUGACGUCUACCCUUCGCAUCGAUAACAUCCCAAUCGACAUCUGUUGUCUCCGCCCUGAGAAUUUUGGCUCGGACUCGACCGGAGUGGGAACACCCCUUUCCGACGCGAGAAGACGGGACUUCACCAUCAACUCGUUGUUCUAUCGAGUCAAUGAUGGGGUCAUCGAGGAUAUGACUCAGCAAGGUCUUUCAGACCUCUCUGCACAUGUCAUCAGAACACCUAUUCCACCACAAGAAACACUUGUUGACGAUCCUUUGAGAGCACUUCGUGCAAUUCGGUUCAGUGCAAAAAUGUGUUACACCAUUGAUCCACACCUCAUCGAAGUCAUGAAGAGCGAUACACUGAAAAUUGGCAUCUGCAGUACUAUAAGUCGCGAGCGCAUUGGAAAUGAGAUACUUGGGAUGAUACAAACAGGCCAUCAAAGUUACUGUUUUGAGAAAUUAAUGGAGGUCGGCUAUUACACCGUCAUUUUUGGAGAGUGCGACGAGGUGCAAGUACUUUCGGUGAUGAAGAGUUACGAAGAGUUGUCAAAGGCCUUUACCAUCUUUAAUGAAGAGCACCGCGUGUAUGGAGCAAUAGCUUCUGCAACGUUUUGGUUCAUUGGGAUGAACGAUUUGAAGAAUAUGAAAGUCCCACGAGUUCAGGGGAUUAUCAUGGAAGCACUGAAAUUGAGCACUGCCAUCAAGAACAAUGUCGCGUUGAUUCAUUCCGGGUACUUAGAAGUGAAGAAGCUCGACUUUCAACAGAAUUACACAAGACUUGAUCUCGGUAGAAUCGUGUUAUCGGCAGAGGCGUUGUGGAGAGAGGCUAUAUGUCUGUACGCCGCUAUCAAAUCACCAAUUACUGUGAAGUACGAGAAGAGUGACGAUGGAGGACAAGUCGAGAAGAAAACAGUGCAAUGGGUUGGCAAUAUCAUCCAGAAAAUCGAACAAAAUGGGCUUGAAAAUUGCUAUAAAAUGCGACCCAAAAUUAAUGGAGACGAAAUAGCAAAAAUCCUUGGAAGAAAGAAGGGGCCUUGGCUCAAAGAAAUACUGAGAGGAGUCAUUGAGAUGCAAAUUGAACGUCCUGAAGCGACUCAUAAUGACAUCCUUGACUAUGUGAAGAAUUGGAAAUAA